CUGAUGUUUAAGAAAGGAAUAACGGUCAGUUGAGUUAACUCGGGUGUCGGUGAAACAGAAAUCGACAAAACCGGUUUUGGAUCAAAACUCACAAUCAUUAAUGGGGAACCAUAACUCCGGCGGGCGCCACCACCUACGAAACCGUAGAAAUGGUGAAACUGUAGUUCAAGUCCCUCAAUAUCAAUACGGACCUCCAUCACAUCAAGUACCACAAAUCCCGUCAAGCUCAAUUACGCAUAACCAAAUGGCACUAGUAUCACUCCCUUACUCUCAAGUCGACUGUAACUUGCGAGCUCUCGCCGGACAAGCAGAGGGCUUCGGUCGCUUCGCCGUCGGUGGACUUAACGGACCGCUCUACCAUGUCACUACUCUAUCAGAUGAUGGACCUGGUUCACUUCGUGCUGGAUGUCGCAAGAAAGAACCUUUAUGGAUCGUAUUUGAAGUUUCGGGUUCCAUUGAACUCUCAUCUUAUCUAAAUGUAUCAUCUUACAAGACCAUUGAUGGACGUGGACAGAGGAUUAAGCUUACUGGAAAGGGCUUGAGGCUGAAAGAAUGCGAACAUGUGAUCAUCUGCAACUUGGAAUUUGAAGGAGGUAGAGGACAUGAUAUAGAUGGCAUUCAAAUCAAGCCUAAUUCAAAGCAUAUAUGGAUUGAUCGUUGUAGCCUCAAGGAUUAUGAUGAUGGGUUGAUUGAUAUUACCCGCCAAAGCACAAAUAUUACCAUUUCCCGUUGUCACUUUUCAAACCAUGACAAGACAAUACUAAUUGGAGGCGAUGCUUCACACCAUGGGGACAGAUGCAUGUGUGUCACCAUUCACCAUUGUUUCUUUGAUGGGACCCGCCAAAGGCAUCCACGUGUCAGGUUUGCCAAAGUACAUUUGUAUAACAAUUACACAAGAAACUGGGGAAUAUAUGCUGUCUGCGCUAGUGUUGAAUCACAGAUAUACUCUCAAUGCAAUAUAUAUGAAGCAGGACAGAAGAAGGUGGCUUUUAAGUAUCUAACUGAGAAGGCAGGUGACAAAGAGGAGGCAUGCACAGGCUGCAUUGUCUCUGAGGGUGAUCUGUUUGUGGCUGGAACUCAGGCGGGCUUAUUGGCUUCAGAUGCAACUUUUCAUCCAAGCCAACACUAUGAGACAUGGACUGUUGAACCUGCAACAAUGGAACUCAAAUCCCUGCUGCAACAUUGUACAGGCUGGCAACAAGUUCCACGCCCAGCUGGCGAGUAA